AUGCUUCAGCACUUAAAAUGGGUUUCUUCAAUUUUCCUGCUACUGCUCACCCUGACAUUCGGAUUCCAAGGCCCUCAAGGCAGGCAAGGAACAGUUUGCUGCAACCACCAUAAUGAUUGUGUCAACGCCUUGGAAGACAUCAAAGUGGAAUCACAUGGGCGCCGUCAAAUCCUGAAGAGUACGGCAUUGGUGGCUUUAGGGACCUCGUCUUUGGGUAAAGAAGCAACGGCUGAUCAACCCUCCACACAAGAUCUAUUGCUGCGACUUCGUUCGAUUCCAACAUUUUGCAUUGUGAAUCCUGAUGGGAUACCUUUCAUGAUAUUCGAUGGCCAAUCGUCAGCUACGGGAUACUUCUUCUUGAGUUUUGAUGUUGCGGCCCAAGCACUACAGGACGCUCGAAAGAAGGACAAGAAAGGUUCAGAGAUCUGGUCCAAUGCAAAUAUAGUAGUUGUUCCACUAGCAGUCGCACUGCAACUUGCAUUGCGGAAGACGCAGCGAGAGGCUACAAAUAAUGGCGCCACGAUGGUUACAUUCAAUGAAAUAGUGGCAUCUUCGGAGGGGGUGGAGGAUGCAAAGGAACUGGAUGGAGGUGAUAAGGGUAAAUGGUCACAGCGAGGACGUGUGCCACUCUUUCAUUUUGACACGUUAGUCCUCGAAAAUGGAAGAGAACCCAGGUAUUUCAACCGAGCGGACCUGCUCAAAGAAUGGAACCGACAAAAUCCAGAUAAGAGCCCACCUCCAGUUCAAGUUUCUAAUCUUUUGGACCUCUAUCGGGUUUGCUUCGCCAAAAAUGACUUCAGUAAGGUAGAACGGUUGGCAAUCAUGCCGGUUGUGGAAACGAACCAAGUUGCUUCAAGUCUUUUCAAAUCAUCUGACGGAAACAUGCCAAAGUACAACCUUGACAAGGUCUUCUUGGUCGGAUCCGCCUAA